CCCCGUCGGGAGCGCCACACCACGGGAGGCGGCCGAGGCGGGUCGAGGCUGGCGGUGCCCAGGCUCUGUUUCAGUGACAGAGAGAAGGAAAUGAGAAUUUGUGGAAAUUAUUAGUUUGAGGGUUUGGAAGAACCAUUUCCGGAGACAACUCUACUCUAAAACAUCUAGCAAUGGCAUAUUUGUCCCCGUGGGAGCAAUUGUUGUGAGUCUGAGGACCUGGAAUGGCCAGACAUCAGGCCGAAGUUCAGAGUUUGAAACUGGACGAUGAUUCAGUCAUAGAAGGAAUAAGUGACCAAGUGCUUGUGGCAGUUGGGGUCAGUUUCAUUUUCAUUGCUGCACUGGUGUAUAUACUUGUAAGAAAUGCACACCAGAACAUACAUCCAGAAAAUCAAGAGCUAGUGAGAGUUCUUCGGGAACAACUUCAAACAGAACAGGAUGAGCCUGUUGUUAUUCGGCAGCAGUUCUACACUGAUAUGUCCUGCCCAAUCUGUUUACAUCAAGCUUCUCUUCCAGUUGAAACAAACUGUGGACAUCUUUUUUGUGGUACCUGCAUUAUUGCAUACUGGCGGUAUGGUUCGUGGCUUGGAGCCAUCAGUUGUCCAAUCUGCAGACAAACGGUAACUUUACUCUUACCACUGUUUGGUGAAGUUAGUCAGCCUCAGGAUGGGGCACAGCUGCAUCAAGAUAUUAACGACUACAACCGAAGAUUCUCAGGGCAACCCAGAUCUAUUAUGGAAAGACUGAUGGAUCUCCCCACUUUACUGAGGCAUGCUUUCAGGGAAAUGUUUUCAGUUGGAGGUCUUUUCUGGAUGUUCCGAAUAAGGAUACUGUUGUGUUUACUGGGAGCUUUUUUCUAUUUAGUUUCCCCUCUGGAUUUUCUUCCCGAAGCCUUGUUUGGAAUUCUGGGAUUUCUAGAUGAUUUCUUUGUCAUCUUUCUGCUGCUUAUUUACAUCUCUAUCAUGUAUCGAGAGGUAAUAACGCAAAGGCUUGACAGAUGAAUUUUUUUAAAAGAGGAUGAAUAAGAUGCUUGACUAUUUUAUACAGAUGCACAGCAAAAGAAUCCAUGGCAUAACAAAGCACUUGAAUAUCGUUUUACAGUUUCACAAACAUGAAAAUUUGACAUCUAAGCAGCUAGUAAUAUGUAACUGGAAUCAUAAUCAUGUUGCAGAUUCUAAUUCUAAAAUUAUAUUCACAACUGCGACUAUAAACACAUGUUCAGUGAGUAUAUGUAAACUAACACCAGCUGAAAAAAAACCCUCAUCUAAUUAAGGGACUAAGUAAAAGGGAUGCUUCGAUAAUAUCUUGACCAUGUGCCCUUCUGAAAUGGUGAAAUAUAGAAAGAUAUUAAAUGAGAAAUGUCGCACCUCUUCCAUUUUGGAAGUUUCAAUAAUGAAGUGUAAUUGUUAAAAUAUUUUUGUUACAGUAAAAUUUCAUGUUGUAUAAAUUUGGAAGGUCACGGUUUCUUUCGGUAUUAACCUACAGCUUGUAUAUGGAGGAUAAUUUUUGCUUUUCCAUUCAAAUAUUAUUUUGCAUCAGGUAAAUGGGAGGAUGAAAUCAAAACGCUCUAGGAAAUUCACUUGGUUUACACAAGAAAAUUAUUAAUUGUAAAUAUAAUUUCAAACAUUGCAUUCUUUACACUGUCAGUCUGAUUUUCUCAGAAGACUGCCAUUUAAAGAUAAAAAAUGUAGGUACCAGCCAGAUUAUUAUGGGUGAAAUGGUUAUACCAAAAUUUAAACAGGAAUCUUGUUUUCCAGAUCGUGGACAGAAGUAUUUUUACAAAUCUUUUAGCUUUUGUGGAAAUUCUUUUUGGCAAAUUUCCCAGCACAUCUAAAUAAUCAGUCAAUCCAUUAAU